AUGCCGCCCGCGCCCGCUUUUCUUGUCGUCGCUGCCGUCUCUCUUAUCGUGCUUGCUUACGCCUACUAUCGGCAAAAGAAGGAAUCUCAUGCCCAGCACGAGCCAGAAGCAGCGUACAAGCCGCCACCACCUGCGGCACCAGCACGGCAGAACUCGAACGCUGCUCGCAUGCAACCAACUGCGCUCACAAAUGUCAAGGAGAUCCUCGACGCCCUCAUGCAGCGCGUGGGCAAUGACGCACUGCCCAGCGAUGCGCUCGAGUGUCGCAACCUGUUUGCCGGCGUCAAAGUCGGUGGGGCUGCCGCGGCAUCCGCGCAUGUCCAGCUUGCCCGCGUCGAGUAUGACUGAGCGCUUGGAGGCGUGGUUGACUGGACAAAGACAGCACAAGACCACGCGACGACUCU